GCCAUGGCGCUGUGGCGGGCGACGCGUGGCCGGGCUCUGGAGCGGCGGUGGGAGCAGGAGGCGCAGAGCCGGCUGUGCUGGGAGAGCUACAGCCGCUCGCUCGCCCGCGCCGCGAUCUGCUGCUCCGCUCAGGCACGGUGGAGCGCGCCGCGGGGUGCGAGCGGCCCGAGCCUGGGGCGGCGGCAGGCGGCGGAGCGGCUGGAGCAGCGCAGGGAGCGGCUGCGGGAGCUGCUGAGCGACGAGCGGGACGCGCUGGAGGCGGAGCUGCGGGCGGGCGGCGGGACGGAGCCGGAAGGGGAACGGGAGCGCUGCGCGGAGCUGAGGGCCGCCCGCGAGGAGCGCAGGAGGCGGGUCGCCGAGCGAUUGCUGCACCAGCACUGGAAGCAGAACUGCGCUGAGCUCCGGGAGGUGGAGUCAGAGCUGCACAAGAAAAGUGUGGUGGAGUCCUGGGGUGAGCAGCUGAAGCAAAAGCAGCAGCAAGGAGCAACAGAACGAGAAGAGAGAAAGCUUUAUGAAAAUGAGUAUGAAAUUGCACGAAGGGAGGCUCUGGAAAGAAUAAGACAAGAGGAAGAGAAACGUCGGCUGGAAAACAAGAAACAAGCAGAGAUGUUGCUUCAACAGAUAGAAGAACUGAAGUUACGGGAGGCAGAGGCAACAAAGCUGAAGAAAGAACAAGAAAACUUAUUAAAGCAGCAAUGGGAGCUGGAAAGCUUAGAAGAAGAGAGAAAACAAAUGGAAGAGUACCGGAAGAAGACUGAGCUUGGUCGCUUUCUGAGGCAUCAGUGUGAUGCCCAGUUGAAGAGACGAGCCCAGCAGAUACAGGAGGAGCUGGAAACAGACAGACAAAUCUUAUUAGCCCUCCUCGAGAAAGAAGAGGAGGAUCAGCGCCGCCAGUCUGAAAGACGAGAGCGAGCUGUUGCAGAUGCUGCCUGGAUGAGACGUGUCAUUGAGGAGCAGCUCCAGUUAGAAAAAGAGAGGGAGGCAGAGCUACAGAUCAUUUUUAGAGAAGAAGCAAGAAAAGUGUGGGAGAAGAGGAAAGAACAAUGGGAAAGAGAGAAGAUGGCCAGAGAUCGCCUGAUGAAUGAGGUCCUUGCAGGCAGGCAGCGCCAGAUCCAGGAGAAGAUGGAGUUAAACAGACAGGCCCAAGAAGAGUCUAUAAAGCAGCGAGAGCAACUGAUUAAAGAGCUUGAGGAGGCAAAAGAACUGACAAGGCGAGAGAAAGAGCAAGAGAAGGAACUGAAAACAGCUCGCAGACAGGAAUUGGAAGCUCAGCUGGCAGAACGGCGCUUACAAGAGCAAGAGGAGCAGGAACGCCAGAGGGAGGAGGAGGAGCAGGAGAGAUCAAACAAGCAGCGCUGUGCAGAGCUGGUGCAGCAGGAGGCCAGGAGCAUGGCUGAGCAGGGCUACUGCAGCAGGUAGCAGUGCAGCAAGGAAGUCAUCCUAAGGCUCAGGGGCAUCAGGAAGGAUGACAGCCUCAAAUGUGAAACUAAACGUGUGCAGUUGUUAAAGUUCUUGCAGCAGUGCGUCUGUGCUGUUCAAUCUUUUCCUCUUCUGUUGUGCUGAAAAUGAAUCUGAGUUUGUGUUACUCUGCUUAACCACAUGCCCAGAAGACCAUGUUUCUCAUACUAAACUAGGAACAGGCAACUCGCUGUCAUUUAAUAGAUAGUAGCUAGAAGAGCCAGAGAAAGGUGGAGGGGGGUGUUAAUGCACCAGAGCAUCCACUAAAAGUGACUUAUUUUUCAUGAUAAUAGUCUGCAUUUGCUACUGUGUGUUCUUUGCCUGCUGGGCAGCGUGUGUGCAAAAUUAAUGAUAAAGCCCAUAAAGUAGCCAUGAUGUUUUGUUUCACUGUUAGCUCUGUGGUCACCCAAAAGCAGCGUGGACCUGAAUGUUAUCAUCCUUUCUAACUGAGGAGAGAGCACAAAAUGAAGCUGUGGGUGAUGAGAACACUUUGAAGAAUUGAGGAACUCCUGAAAUAAUUAUGGCUGUGGGUUGGCCUGCAGCGAUGCCAGGACUCAACUCAGAAGUUGUGCUUCUGAAAAUAUCUGGCUGUGACACAACUGAACACCAGAUCAAUUUUCUGCUGACGUUAAUAGAGCUGGAGGUUUGAGCAUGCUUGGAGGGCUGCACCCUGAACUGCUCUGCUUACUCCAUGUUCAGGAGACACGAUGCAUUCCAGUAAGUGCUACACUGGGUUAAAACAGCAAAGAAGUCAAACUUCUGCUGUGGACCUGAAACGUGGAAGAACCUGUGCCUCCUGUGGAACAGGAACUGUGAGCCUUUAGCUGCUGCUUUCUGUUUAAGCUUUAAAAUCCCCAUUCCCACCUCUGAAGGAGGACGUGCCUGGGAGCCCCUGCUGUCUUUUUAGGGUUGCUUCGUGACCCAUCUCAGAUCAGUAAGAUUGGUAACUUGGCAGUAAUUGUUAACGUGCCCAGUUCCUCUCCAGGACAUAUUGAAAGCUUCCAUAAGCUUUUGCUUUAUUUUUUUUCCUCUCCCUUGUUUCACAGUGAAUAAUUACAAGCUGAA